UUAAGAAAUAUUUAACUUUUAGUUGAACUUACAUAUUUUAUGUUUCCUUUUCAUAUAGGUAUUUAGUUAUCUGCUUCUUGUGAUGCUGUUAGAUUUCAAUUUUUUCUAGUUAUUUAGGUAUAAGAUAUCAACAACAAAUGAAACUCUAGUUAUUAAACUCGACCAAAGAGUGUCUUUCUCGCUAUAAGACACUACCAAGAAAGGCACUUCAUACAGCUAACAAGCAUGAAAUCUAAGUCUCUCUCUACUAAUCUACAGCGUAUGUAACUAAUCUAGAAAGCAAGAGAUCAUGGCAGAGAGUGCCGUGGGUUUUCUUCUCCAAAGGCUUGCACCGAUUUUUCAGAAUGAGAUGAAAUUGUUCCCAGGGGUUCAAGCAGAAGUAAUAUAUCUUAAAGAACGGCUGGAGUCAUUAAGAGCUUUCUUAAGGGUUGCAGAUGCAUUAGAGGAGAGCGAUGAGGAACUCAAAGUUUGGGUUAAGCAACUCAGAGAUGUUGUUUACGAGACUGAAGAUCUUCUUGAUGAAUUGGAACUUGCCCAGGCACAUAACCAGACAAACAGAUUUUGCAUCUCUCUCCACAUCAGGAACAUGAAAGCACGUUAUCGGAUUGCUCAUGAGUUAAAAGGCAUCAACUCACGCGUGAAAACUAUUUUUUGAAUUCAUAAGAGAUUCCUCAGUAAACGUGGCACUGCUUCAGAGGCUUCACAUUCCAUUUAUACAGGAGACACAUGGCAUGAUCAGCGCGGAGAUGCCCUUCUCCUGGACAACACUGAUCUAGUGGGCAUAGAAAGGCCUAAAAAGCAGUUGAUCGGGUGGUUGAUUAAGGGUUGUCUUGGACGAAAAGUGAUUUCUGUUACUGGAAUGGGAGGGAUGGGAAAAACUACUUUGGUAAAGAAAGUAUAUGAUGAUCCAGAAGUAAUAAAACACUUCAAAGCCUGUGUUUGGGUUACAGUGUCUCAAUUUUGUAAAAUUGAGGAGCUUCUCAUAGACUUGGCUCAGAAACUUUUUUCUGAAAUACGACGACCAGUUCCAGAAGGCCUCGAAAUUAUGUGUAGUGAUAAGCUGAAGAUGAUUAUUAAAGACCUAUUGCAGAGGAAUAGGUACCUAGUGGUAUUUGAUGAUGUGUGGCAUGUAUGUGAAUGGCAAGCUGUCAAAUAUGCAUUGCCUGACAAUAAUUGUGGCAGCAGGAUCAUGAUCACCACACGCAAAUCUGAUUUAGCCUUCACUUCCAGCAUAGAAUCCAAUGGUGAGGUGUAUAACUUGCAACCCUUGAAAGAAGAUGAGGCUUGGGAUCUAUUUUCCAGAAAGACUUUUCACGGUCAUUCAUGCCCCUCACAUUUAAUUGACAUCUGUAAAUAUAUAUUACGAAAAUGUGAGGGUCUGCCCAUUGCAAUUGUGGCAAUCAGUGGCAUCUUGGCCACACAAGACAAGCGCAGGAUAGAUGAAUGGGAUAUGGUUUGCCGUAGCCUUGGAGCUGAGAUUCAAGGCAACAGCAAACUUGAUAAUUUUAAAACAGUAUUUAACCUCAGUUUUAAUGAAUUACCUUACUACUUGAAAUACUGUUUCUUGUACUUGAGCAUCUUUCCUGAGGACCAUCUGAUUCAGCGCAUGAGAUUGAUUCGCUUAUGGAUAGCAGAAGGAUUUAUUGAAGCCAAAGAAGGAAAAACAAAGGAAGAUGUAGCCGAGGAUUACCUCAAGGAGCUCCUGAACAGAAACUUAAUACAAGUAGCAGGGACGACAUCUGAUGGAAGGGUCAAAACUUUGCGAAUCCAUAAUCUUCUACGAGAGAUGAUCAUUUUGAAGUCUAAGGACCAAAACUUUACAGCCAUUAUCAAAGAACAAAAUGUAGCAUGGCCUGAAAAGAUUAGGCGCCUUUCCAUGCAUAGCACAUUACCACAUCGACAGCAACAGAGGUCUGUUUCUCAACUCCGUUCCCUCUUAUUGUUUGGGGUUGUUGAAAAUUUAUCCCUAGGCAAACUGUUUCCAGGCGGUUUCAAACUGCUUAGUGUUUUAGAUUUUCAAGAUGCACCUUUGAAGAAGUUUCCAAUAGCAGUUAUUGACCUAUAUCAUUUAAGAUAUCUAAGCUUAAGGAAUACAAAGGUGAAAAUGGUUCCUAGUCAUAUAAUAGGGAAGCUGCAUAAUCUAGAAACAUUGGAUCUUAAGAAGACUUCUGUCAGAGAAUUGCCGGUAGAUAUGCUAAAACUGCAAAAGCUUCGCCAUCUCCUUGUAUAUCAGUUUAAAGUCAAAGGUUAUGCACAGUUCUGCUCCAAAUACGGUUUUAAGGCCCCCCUUGAAAUAGGAAAUUUACAGUCAUUGCAAAAACUUAGUUUUGUAGAGGCCAACCAAGGCGGUGGUACAAUAAUAUUGCAGUUGGGGAAGCUAAGUCAACUAAGAAGGUUAGGCAUCAUUAAACUCAGAGAGGAAGAUGGGAAGGCUUUCUGUUCAUCCAUUGAGAGAUUGACUAAUCUCCGUACCCUCUCUGUUACUUCUGAGGGUGAGAAUAAAUUCAUUGACCUAGAAUUCCUUUCUUCACCCCCUCCGUUACUUCAAUGCUUGUAUUUGUCAGGACAUCUACAAGAGUUACCAAGUUGGAUACCGUCUCUGCAUAGCCUAGCCAGGUUAUUUCUGAAAUGGAGUUAUUUAAAAUAUGACCCACUGUUACAUCUGCAGGAUCUUCCAAACCUUGCACAACUUGAACUACUUCAAGUUUAUGAUGGUGACACAUUGCAUUUCAGGUGCGGAAAGUUCAAAAAGCUCAAGGUUUUAGGUCUUGACAAAUUUGAUGGACUCAAACAGGUGACAGUGGGGAAGGAUGCAAUGCCUUGCCUAGAAAUGCUGAUAAUUGGGCGUUGUGAAUUCUUGAAAAAGGUGCCAUCAGGCAUUGAACACUUGACUAAACUGAAAGUCCUUGAGUUUUUUGAUAUGCCAGAUGAACUGAUGAAGACAAUAUGUCCACAUGGUCCUGGAAAAGAUUACUGGAAAGUUUCACAUAUUCAAGAUGUUUAUUCUACUUACUGGAGAGAUGGUGGUUGGGAUGUUUAUGCACUAGACAGUCUCAGAGAUUGUUCUCCCCAAUCUGGCACAGUCAUGAGAAGUCAUGAUCGUCGCAAUUUGUGUAAGGUGUAGCAAUCUGUUAACUACCUUCAUUGUGGUUAAAAAAAUGAGCAGACUCAUUCCCUGUACAGAAGCCAGCUCUCUAAAUAGUGUAAUCAAUAAUAAUCGUUGUUCAAUAGACUCGUUGUAGAUGAUUCUUCCUGCAUCUCAUAUCUAAAUCCCAUUCU